ACUGUUUGGUUUGCUUUGAUGAAUGAUGAUAAUUCUUAUUGCUAUAAUUUUGAAACAAAAUUAAGCUAUUUAGUGUUAGUAUAGCUAUUAUUUUAAUGAGUGUCUGUUAAAUUAUAAGUUUUCGUGGUUUUUAUCUAAUUGGUGCUGAUAAUUGACUCUUUCGAAUUGCAGUGCAUAAUCGAAAAACUACUGUGAUAUUACCUCUUGAAGUUUCCAUGCUUUUUCUCACAGAAUGGACGAUUUUCUUAAUCAACCCAGCUCAUCCAAUUGUGGCAAGUAGAGCCAGGGGUCGCAGCAACGGCUGCCGAGGCUCAUGACACGCUGCAGCAAUAUCAGAUCGAACGUGGGGCCGGUUGCGGGCUUCGAGGUGACAACGGGCGGGGGCGACAUGGCGAGCGGCGCGGGCGUUUCGGUACAGACCGGAGAUGCGCACGCGCCGCUCUCGAUGUCGCACCAGGCCGCCGAAGACCCGCACAAGAUGAGGGGACCCCAUUUCACGGAUUCCUACGAGAUGGAGAACUGUGAAGUGCCUCUGUCAGGACCGUCGGCACCAUUAUGCAACUCCGCGACGACGCCAUCUCCUAAUCCAGCAAGCGCGACACGCAAACGGAAACCAUCAUCAUAUUCUGCCAAUACUUACGAAGAUAGGUGUUCCGAAGAUUCUCGAUCUACACGCAAUACCUUACCGGACAAGAAACAAAACCACAGCGAGAUAGAGAAGCGUCGCCGUGACAAGAUGAACACGUAUAUAUCAGAAUUGAGCACGAUGAUACCGAUGUGUGGUGCAAUGGCUCGCAAGCUCGAUAAGCUGACUGUACUUCGGCUUGCCGUGCAACACUUGAGGACAGUCCGCGGGGCGAUCUCCGCCGGCCCGCUGACAGCCAGGCCCCGCCCUGCGUUUCUCUCUGAGCAGGAGCUAAACGCACUAGUAUUGAGAGCCGCCUCGGAUUGUUUCCUGCUGGUCGUCGGAUGUGAUCGGGGGCGCAUUCUGUACAUAUCGGCUUCCGUCAUGCAAAUGCUACAUUAUGAUCAGACGGAGUUGCUGGGACAGAGUCUAUUCGACAUACUGCACCCGAAAGACGUUUCAAAAGUGAAGGAACAGCUGUCAGCUGUUGAGUUGAGUCCCAGAGAGCGGCUCAUCGAUGCUAAGACGAUGAUGCCCGUGAAAACUGAUCUGGUGUCUGGCGCGUCAAGGCUGUGUACGGGUGCGCGACGCUCGUUCUCGUGCCGCAUUAAGUGCCGAAAUCUGCCGCGAAAUGACGUCAAAGACGAAGAAGGAGGACCGACUACUACGCGUAAACCGGAACGGAAGUACAACGUUGUGCAAUGCACGGGAUACCUCAAGUCAUGGGCGCCAGCGGAAAUGUGUGAAGGUGGCACCAGCAGCGGGCCAAGUAGUCUGUGUGGUGAGGGGAGCGUGGAGGAUGAUACGUGCAACAUGUCGUGUCUGGUGGCCGUGGUGCGCGCCCUGCCUUCCAUGCUUUCAUCUGACCGAGUCCCCGCAUCACCAGCUACUUGUGCAUCUGAGCCGCCAACGCGACAGCUGAUGUUCAUCUCAAGGCACGCGCCUGAUGGGAAAUUUCUCUUCGUCGAUCAAAGGGUAACGCUAGCUCUCGGUUUCCUACCACAAGAACUGCUCGGCACAAGCAUGUAUGAGUACGUUAGCGGACUAGAGUUGGGCGUGGUCGCUCGCACGCACAAGGCAGCGUUGCUCAGACUCGCGCCUACUCGGACCACGCCCUAUUGCUUCAGACGCAAGGAUGGAAUAUACGCGCGCCUUAUAACACACUUCAAACCAUUCAAAAACCCAUGGACAAAGGAAGUUGAGAGUCUCGUAGCGAAUAAUAUUGUCCUGUCAUCGAUCGCUGAUCCUCAGCCGGACGUUUUUGGCUCGCAAACAUACAAGAACCACUCUGUCUCCGCGACGGACAUGCCUCAAAGAGAAGAGCCCGAGCUGACGGAGGCUGAUGUGGAGAUGCAGCGGUUGAUAGACUCGCAGGUGGAGUCGCAUAAGGUGGGCUCAGCCAUCGCGGAGGUGGCCCUGCGCCGCUCCUCUACGGAGUUCUCCCCUGACCUGCCCGUCGACCUGCUGCAGGACGCAUUGUUCAACCAACAGGCGAAUUUAGUGGACAACAUACUCGGCAGUGAUAUCCACGGAUACAGCGAAGUGCGGAACAACGUGUCGCUAAGUGCUGCAGGCGCGGAUGCAUCCCCCGAACUAACGGAAGUGGGGGGAGCGGCAACUAACACCCCUCCGCCCGCCUCACCCCCCUUACCCAUCGACGGCAACGGAGAGGCAGCCAUGGCUGUCAUUAUGAGCCUCCUGGAAGCGGAUGCCGGUCUCGGCGGCCCUGUCAACUUCUCUGGGCUACCCUGGCCCUUACCUUAAUACAACUUUAUUUAAGAAGAGAUGAUUGAAGAAUUGACGAGGAAAUGUACGUAAUUCUGUUUCUAUGUACUAUUUAUUUUCAGAGUUCGUUGCAAUAUCCAAUUAAUUUUACAUACAGAUGAGUUAAGCAUUAAGUGCAUCCAUUGUUAUUUUUUGUCUUUUGUGACGCCGUGGAAUUUAUUUGUUAUGAUGGUGUAAUUAAGUAUAUUUAUUUUGAUAUUAUUAGUAGUAAUAAUAAUAGUUAGCUGUACUUCAAUAUUAUACUUUAUAAAGGAAAUUAGUUACGUUUAUAAUGUAAUGGUAAGAUUUUAUCGUAGUUUUAACAUCUUGAGUCAAUUUCGAUCUUAUUUCGCUGAAGAUUUGCAUUACGUAUUCAUUUACUUUAUCGCUCAUAUAUUUGGUAGUAUUUAACUACGUUAUUAGAGAUAUCGCGGUACAGUCCAAUUAAGGUUUGUGGUGUUGAAAUUAUUUUAAUGUGUUUUUAUAAUUUAUUAUCAUAUCAAAAUUGUCUCAAAAUGAACUUUACAAAUAUACUUUUAAUCUAUGAAAUAAGACAACUAACAAUAUAACAAUUUUUAUAAAUUGUUAACGCACAAUAUACAUAUGUUUGUAAGAAAUUGAAAGGGCCCAUACAGAAGACUCGUUGGUAUUUUAAGGGACCCCAUUGGACCAUAUGUUAUGAAUUAUUAUGAUGCUUCGGCUGAGAUGUUACAUAGUAACAGUGUGAAACGUGAACUAAAUUUUUGUUUAGCGAUUAUAUUGCGUGCUCGCAUGUUUUAUAAUUAAUUAAUUAACAUAUAUAUGUGAUAACAAACAGGUAAUAUUGUUUUUGAGAUACUUCUUGAAAUUUAGUAUUUUAAGAUCGCAUGCUACCAGUAGGAGGCUUCUUUGCACUUGGGAGCCGGCUAGAUUAUUGUGUACCACAGCGGCGCUUAUUUCUGCCGUAAAGCAGUAAUGUGUAAACGUUACUGUGUUUCGGUCUGAAGGGCGCCGUAGCUAGUGAAAUUACUGGGCAAAUGAGACUUAACAUCUUAUGUCUCAAGAUGACGAGCGCAGUUGUAAUGCUGCUCAGAAUUUUUGGAUUUUUCAAAAAUAGCGGUAGUGCAUUGUAAUGUAGGGGUAGGGCGUAUCAAUUUCCAUCAGCUGAACGUCCUGCUCGUCUCGUGCUUUAUUUUCAUAAAAAAAAACUAUAGUUAUGCUAAAAAACUAUAAACCAGGUUAUUAUUCUUUGAUUGUUAUUAUUUAAUUCAAUCAUAAAUAACCCAUUUCACUUCGUUUAUGUUUAACUAUUAUAAUGAGUAGGACAAAGUCGUUAUUUUGAUAUUUUAUAGAAAAUUAUAUAUAAUAUUAUAUUUAAAUUGCUAUUUAAAUAUUACUUUGUCGAGGAAUGUAAAAGUGCGAUGUGAUAUAACAAAAGAUUGAGACAGUAGUCGUUACCUAAGAUAAGGAAGGCAGGAAAUUGUGAAUUAAUUAAGGAAAGCAAGAAGGUUAAAAACACGGAAAAGAAAGUACAAGUAAGCUAUUGCUUGUGUGUCACAUGUUUAUUGAUUCUGACGCAUGAUAAGUAUGACUCAUGAGUUUUAAAUUUAAAUUUGAACACCUUUAUUGAAACUUUUUGCUUUUUAAUUUGCAUGUUUGCGAUCGGCGGCACUGCCAGUAAGGAAGUUAAAGCUCUGUUUAAAUUGUAGCGAAUAACGCGCGGGUCGUGGGACGCGUUUUAGAGCAAUUCGCUCGCUCGCUUAGCCUCUCAAACUGACGCGACUUCCCGCGUGUCUUUUUUGGUUCUUCAGUAGAGAAACAUAAUGCAUUGUGAGAUCAAACAAUCUCGCCGGGCGUCCCGCUCUUGUUUCGCUUCAACUUGAGCGACUACUCGCGUAGAUUUGAACAGGGGGCCUACUCCUAAAAUCGAUAUUCGAUAAAUCGUGGCAUUAAUCGUGUCGAAUCCUACUCUUAGUUACGUCGUAUUCAAUGUCGAAACGAUGAUUGAACGAACGAAACAUUAUUCGAUAUUAUCGGUCCUAACCCUACUCUUAGUUGAAAAUGUCAGAGACGAAUAUUCGAAUUUCACAAAUAAUCAAACGUCACUUUUACGAUAAUCUCAACGACACCAUCUAGGCUGUCGUUGCUAUUAUCGUUUCAAGUUGUAUAGAUAUAUUUGCCAUACAAUAUACAUAGUUAAUAAAUAUUAUUAAAAUAAUUAUAUGUGAUUUACUAUUCAAGAGGAUUUUUUUACUACUAGGUUAUUUAAGUCAUUUUGUUGAUCGUUUAUGCGUAGAAAUAAUGCAAAUGGCCGCCUGAGAAAAAGGAAGUCGACGAGAAGGGUUGAGUUACUUUUUUUUACAUUUAUUAUCCGCGAAUUUUGUAUUAUUUAUUCAAUUUAAAUGGUCAUAUUAUAUUCAUUACAUAUUUUUUUAACAUUUACAUUAUGUGUAAAUGAUACCAAAUUGGUGGUGCAGAGUCUGGCAUGGUCCUUAGCGCCUAAACUAUGUUUUGACUUUUGACACUUCACAGCAACAAAGCACAGAUAAUGUUUAGGUUUGAUCAUAUUACAUUCACACUAACAUGGUAAAAAAAUCAAAAUAUUAGUCUAUGGUAACGAUAAACGAUAAGGAAUUCGAAUAUUUGUUAGAGUAGGUUAGUUGCGAUAUAUUCGGAGUAUUAUCGUAUCGUUCCGAAUGUAUCGUUGUCGAUUUUACGAGUAUACCUCCAGGUCCAUACAAGUUAGCUGACACAAUCGGCGCGAGCGACUUCCGUCUCGCUUCCCGCGCGUUAUUCGCCUCAGUUUGAACAGAGCUUAGAAGCCACUUGCAUUUGUAUUUUUCUAUUCCGUGUUUUUAAACCUUUAGUUAUAAGACUCAUGUUAGCUCGCGAAGAAAGAACGUAUGGCAGCAUUGCAUUUUGUUUUUUUAAGCAUCAAAGAUCUCUCGAUACAACAUUUUUUUUUAUAAAAUAAAAACCUAUGUGAAAUGGUGUUAUAUUUUUUCACAAAACAAAUUAUACAUAUUAUAUUAACAAUACUCAAACUGUGUUAUUAAUAAACCCGUAUUAAAGUUAGUCCAAAUUUAAAACUUUUCCAACUAACCGACAAACAAGUGUUAAGUAAAACCUUGCAAUAAUAAUAUGGUGAAAACAUACCGUCAUGUAAUCUCUUCUCAUAGACAAAAGGAUCAUACAAAUAUAAAUAUUAUCAAAUAUUUACUUACCUAUUAUAGACUAUGGGAUAGUCAACAUAAUAUGAAACAUUUUUAUUUUUUCUCGUAUUAUUCAUGUAGUAUAGUAAUCAACCAUAAUUAUGAUAUUAUAGUUUCACUUUCUGUGUUAAAAUAUUUAAGCUUGCAAUUAAUAGAAUUGCGUGUAUAGGUACGGAGAGACGUGCUCAUUACUACACGAAAGCAUGCUUUUAUUGAGCAUGUGCUCAUUAGUAGCACGUGUGUACUGUAAUGAGCAUACUUAUUUAGAGCAUGCUUAAAAAUCAACCGACGUUUGAUUUUCGAGCAUGCUACCUGAGGCGCGGGUAGAAGGGGUCGUGCUCCGAGCGCGUCUGAACAAGUUUGCUUAUUAGCAUGCUAUUAUCGAUUUGAUCUCGAUCCGCGGCGGGCGACUAUGAUUAUUUUAUUAAGUUCUGUAUGGAUAUCACUGUCACUAUAUCUUUGUACAUCCAUUUUGUCCAAGAGCCUAGUGCCAAAUAGCAGCACGUGUGUCCGGUACGUUUGCUUUGAGCAUGCUUUUCAAUGAGUAUGCUUAAGAAAGCAUGCUUAUUGCUGGCAAAUGUGAACAGUUGCAUGAGCAUGCUAACUUUAAGCAUACUUAAAAGUACGCUUUUUUUGAGCACGUCUGUCCGUACCUUAUCGCGCUAACUGUUGUCAACUGUCUGUGCGAUCGUCAACCGGUUAUAAUCAGUAUUGCCGCGUACGCAACAGGAACAAGCGGCCAGUGGACAAUCACACAUGCCCCGGAUCAUUGUAGAAAUGAAACCGUUUCGCCUGGUUGUAUGAAGCUUAGUCUCUGUACCUGUUACUCAUGUGUCGCUAAAAUACAAUUUUCAGUUUAUUUUAUUAAGCAUUUUGCAUAUUCUUGUUUCAUUCUCAAUUAUAACUUUAUACCACGUUUAUUUGUAAUGCCGUUUGUCACUACAGAAUUAUUACAUGACAGGGAGAAGUAAUUUUAAACUUGGAGUAACUUUACAUUGCGUUUAUUAAUAGACAGUAUAGGUGCUAUGUUCACCUGUAUAUAUUUGUUAGCUGACUAAAAUUUUAUAAUUACGAUUUGAUUGCUCAAAAAAUUUGGAUUCCACCGAAUGGCUUUAUAAUCAUUAAGAAUGAAUGUCAUUGAAGGGCACCCAAUAUGAGAAGGUUUUUAACUAAUUUAGUUGAAAAUUUAUUGUACUGGUCGUGGACUUAAUCGGCGGGUUUUGCUCAAAUAACUUAACGUUUUAAAUAAUUUUGACUUGAAUAUUUAUGUAUUCGUUUUAAAAAGCUCAACUGAUUUAAAACUCCGCCAUAAUGUCUGUACGCCUCGCUCAACUAGAGUUAGGCCUAAAUUUUUUUUAAGUUUUUGCCCUAUAUUAACCUGAUAAGCUACAACAAUACUCGUAAAAGAGGGAGAGAAAACGGUUACAUCUCAACGAAAACAGCAAAAACCUCAUGGUCUUCUAACAGAAAAAAAAGUUUUCUUAAUCGUAAUUAAGAAUAGUCAUAUAUUAUUAGGCGGUAAUCAUUAACAAUUCAUCAAUAUGUAAUAAAAUUUCAACGUUAAUUAUACAACUUAAACAAUUAACAGCCAAAACAGACAUUAACAACGGCAUGCGUUGAAUUUGUCAUAGCCCUUGGUGUGACGUCAUUGCCUUUAACAACUAACAAACAAGGGAGUAAACCAUACCAGUGGCAGGCUCCUUUGCACAGGAUGCCGGCUAGAUUAUGGUACCACAACGGCGCCUUUUUUGCCGUGAAACAGUAAUGUGUAAGCAUUAUUGUGUUUGGCGCCUUACUGAAAUUACUGGGCAUUAUUUAUAAUUCAUUAUAUUGGCGAAAGUAUAAGUUAGAACUGAAAGAUUAAAAAAAAUACAUUGUACGUGACAUUUGUGUUGAGGCAACUUUAAAAUUUCGAGAUUAAAUAUAUCCUUCCUGACAAGGAUGAUUUUAAUCUCAAAAUGUGUGUAAAAUCUCAUAAUUAAUAAUUAUCGAUUGUAGUCACCCCAAAAUUAUAUAAAGUGACACUAAUAAUAAUUGUCAUUUGAAUCACUUACCCUUUUACAUCACAUUUCUUAAAUAUCAAGGCUGACGGUGAGGACUCAAGGUCGCGAGGAGGCUUUCAUAAUAAUUCGUAACACCUCCUGGUUGGUUACCGAGUUGCCUCAUAGCACCCGACGCACGUGUUGUGUGCCGCCACCAACUUUUCUUUUUACGAAAUUCUAUGUCGGUAUAAUUUGGGGGUUGAGCAAUGUUAACAGACAGAGAAUUAUGUGUAGGAAUACACAAAAUAUAUGAGUACCUAUAUUUGUGGCUUUUUGGUUCUAUUCAGUGUAACGGAAUCACUCUGCAUAAAUACAUAUUUAAGAAAAAAUAAGACCCCUUCUUGGACUGAGUUUUUCAACACAGUCCCAGUAGUGUAUUUUAUAUAUGAGUUAUGAUGUAAAUGAUCUAUUUGGUUUUAUUUUCCAAAAUUGUUCUCUCGUUAAUUUUCUCAAGUUGUUAUUGGCACUAGUAUAUGUAUAAUAUUGCUAUUCGAUUACAUUAAUAUACUAUAAUAAUAAAAAAUAGAUAAACUGAAAAAGUAAUUCUUAUAAUAAACCUGUUUGCAAUCACCAAACGUCGUGGUCGUCUCUCAUUUUGCCGCGCUUAAUUAAGUGCUAUGACGUCAUAGUCCAUUAUAACAAAAAAAGUUGAGAGUUUAGAUUGAAAAUAGGCAUUUUUUAAUAAAUUGUUUGCUCAAGAACAAUAUCUCUAAAAAUAUUGUUGCAGGCACAUUAUUCUUAAGUAAUAAAGUUAAAAAUUUACUUCUAUACAUAUACACUAGUAGCUGUAACAUAAUCUAUUGAUAUAUAUAUUAUUGUUUUUAUUACUUGGUGUCUUAUUCGAUGUUAUAGGAAUGUGUACGAAAAAUGCUGUGAUUGAAUUAAUAUUACAUAAGUGUUAUGUGCUACUUUUGAAUAUUAUAUGGUUUGUUUAAAUGCUUUAGUGAAGUAGUUUGUUUUGCAAUUUAGAUGUAUUCUGGUAUUAAAAAAACGGUAUACUGAAGAUAUAUUAGUCGACAGCGCCAUUUUAAAUGGAACAAUAAAAUUGUAUCACCUGAGUUUGUCUUGAAAUGCGUGUUAGUUAUUAUAUCAUAAUAAUAACAUUUAGGCAAAUAAUAUGUUAAUAAUGUAAAUGACCUUGCUUGCCUUGCCUCAACCUUCAGUUUAAGUUGAAAGUGUAUAGAAGAAUGCAAUUUUUACUAUGCCUAAUAUUUGUGCUCUUAACAGCCUAAACACAUAGUCGGAUUUGGUACGGUCAGACCAUCGGAGCGUCCGGUACCUUACAGCAAUUGGUCUGACGUCGUACUCGGUAGGUCCGGACGGUAAUAAUAAUAAUUUUGUGCAAUGGACAAUGCGACAUACCAUGGAAUAUGGCCCGACACAGGACCGCGUCAGACGGUUCGGCCGGACCAAAUCCGUCCAUGUGUUUACGCUAUAAAAGUCAUUUCUUUAAUAUUUUUUAACCGGCUUUUUUACUGAACUUCUAUCAUGAAGUUAUUGUGUGUCGGAUAGUUCUGUAGUGCAAGCGUGUUAUUGUGUGUGUAGGUUUUGAUUACAUCCUGGCUUUUUAUAAUCUGGGUAGACUUUAUAAUACCGUAAUGGCAUUUGUACGUCCAUAUAGUUUUCGUCCUGUUAAUUAAGCAUUUACAGUAUACAUAAUUAUUGUGAUUGUGAACAUAAUUUUUGAUAUUUUUAUUAAUUUAGAUAUUUUAUAAAAUCUAUUAUUCUGUAGGUAAUGGUAGAAAGCUUUGGCAAUGGUGGUGUUAAUUAAUAUUUAAUCAAUUUAACAUACACACUCACAUCUAUAUGACGAUAUAUUUCUAAAUAUAAUUAAGUUGUUGUUAAUGGUGCAUUAUAAUAAGUGUAUUUUAACAAGUAUUUGACGAAUUAACCUUUGUAUGUUAGAAGCUAAGACAUGCUACCAGUAGGCGAUAAGUGUAGUUUAAAACUGAUUACAAAAAAACAGAACCUUAUAAAGGUGCCUGAAGCUUAGGGUACAUUUUUUCAGAUGACAUUUGGAAAAAUAUUUUUAUUUGUAAAUAACUUGAAAUUAUGUAUAAAAAGAUGAGAAAGAAGUUUUUUUAUACGUUAUACGACUACACUAGUUCUUCUGUGAGCAAAGUAUAAGUACUUAAAUAUUAAUUUGAAAGGUGAAUGCUUUUAUUUCUCCCGCAAGAUUUGCUCGUAGUAUGGAAAUAUCUUUAAUAUUCCUUGUAUUGUAACACUUGGGAUCUUUGUUGGAAUCUAUAUUAUUUAAAAGUAGUUGCUCCUUUUCAAUCGGACUGGGACCUUCUUAUAUACUAUAAUUGUAAUACCUAAGUUGGAAAAUUAAGUGGGUUUCUUUAUACGUUGACUGUGUUUUGUGUCGGUCUAAAAUGUCACUUAAACUGUUUGGGUACGUCACAAAUUUUAGCUCUAACUCAAUCAAUUUAAUAAGGCAUCAGGUUCUACUGAAAUAUUUACUUAUGGAAUUCCAUCAUAUUGGGGAAAACACACACACAGAGCAGAAUGAAUUACGAAACUUGAUUUUGAAUCGACAUUUAACAUCUUUUAACACCAGAAUUGACUUACGGCCGUUUUCAAUAACGUAUCUCUCCUUACGGAUACAAUGCUGUCACCGUUUAAUGACAAUAUCUUAUCUAUCCAUAGUUAUGUCCAGAACAGUUAUAGUCCAAUGCUUUAUGUCGAUAGGUUAUUGAAAUGUAAGUAAGCGUAAAAGGAUAGAUUUGUCUACCUCAAGUAAGUUAAACUAAGGAUAAAUAGGUUAUUGAAAACGGCCGUAAGUAAGAUGGUGUUACAUCGUAUCAUUGAAACACUAAUAAAUCUGCUAAAAUAUUCUAGAAGGGGGCUAGUAUCAGAUGACAGAUAUAUCCAAAAGUGCCAAGUGGGUGGAAUUGGCCUUUAAAAAAAAUAGUCUGUAAAUAACAAUAAACGGCUAAGAAGCGCACAGGGUCUGUUUUUAAUUUAAAUAAAUAAUAUGUACAUAAUCAUAAUAAUCCUAAUCAAGUGAUUUUGUAUACAUAAAAUAUAUAAUAUGUGUAUAAUAUAAUUUAUAAGGACAAUAUAAGUGUUUCAGUGUACCAGACAAUAUUGUAAAUUUAAUCGUUGUUUUGUUUAUUGCUUGUUUAUUUUAUUUUUAUUUUAAUAAAGUUUUUGAUGGAA